AUGGAAAGAAAAGAAGAAAAGAAAGGGAUUUUUGAUUUUAUUAAUGGAACAAAUGUGUCAAAUGCAAUUAGCUCAUUAUUUAAAGGAACAACAACAGCAGUUAGUAAUCUUUUAAUAGAUAAAGUAGAUUUUGAAGGGGAUUAUUCUAUGUGUGGAGAAAUUUGUCAAUAUUUAAAUAAACGAGAUUAUCUUAAAGUAAGACAAGUGUGUUGUUUUGGAAUUCCAAGAAAAAUUCGAGGAUUUGUUUGGUAUGCAUUACUUCUUCGUCCUAAAACAACACAAGAAAUUAGAGGUUUAAGUAAUAAUGAAAAUAAUCUUUUAUAUUGGAAUAAUGUAAAUGAAUUUCAUAUUGAUUCAGAUCAAUUUUUAUAUUCUGAAGAUGCUGAAGUUAUUGAUUGGGAUGUAACUAGAACAUAUCCUAUUGGAUAUGAUUCUUUGUUUCAAUCAGACCGUCUUCGUAAUGUUCUUAGAAGAGUAUUAAGAAUGUUUCUAUAUAUACAUCCAAAAGGAUAUUUUCAAGGAUUAAAUGAUAUUGUUUCAAUUAUUAUUAUUGUACUUGUGGAUAUGUUUACUAAACAAAAGUUAAAAGUUGAAGAUAUUAUACAACUUUCUUUAGAAGAUCUCAAACGAAUAGAAUCAACUACAUAUUCAUUUCUUGAAGCAUUAUCAAGUUUACUUGCAGUUAAUAUUUAUGGAAUAGAAAAAGAUAUUCAUGCAAUAGGAUUAAUGAAUGAUUUUCUUAAUUUACUCAAAGUAAUGAAUUCAAAAGCAUUGAAAAUGGAUGAACAAAUGUUAAAACAACAAACAUGGAGAUGGUUUGUAUGUCUUUUUUCAAGAGAAUUCACUGUAGAAAAAGUUAUUGUUAUUUGGGAUCGUUUUAUUUCAGAUCCACGAGGAAAAGGAUUUAGAAAUGGUAUUGUUUGUUUUGCUGCUGCAUUGAUUGAAGAUAUUGUUAGUCAUGUUGUUGAUAUUAGAGAUAUUGAAGAAGUUAAUAAACUUAAUCGGAAUUAUUGUAAAGAAAUGAAUGAUAUAACCUUUUCUCGUAUAUUGAAUAGAGCUAUUGAUAUAAGAGUAGAUUAUUUCCAAAAGAUUCUUUAA